UCAAAUUCGAAUACCUUUCGUUCGGACUGUUUUGUUUUCGAACAUCUUUCAUUCGAAUCAAACCAAACGUCAAACCCACUUUGUUUAUGAAGGAGUGAAUAAUUUCCGCAGCGGAUGAGCGGUGAACUGCAAAAAUGGAAAAAAACAAAAACAAAACAACCACUAAAAAUCAGUUCGAGCGGAUUGUGCUGCUUCUGGAGCAAGAGCCGGACAUAGCAAAGGGUUUCUCCCGAGGAAAUUCCGGACCCUUCUGGGAUGAUCUGGCGGCAGAAGUCAAUAGUUUGGGACCGCCUAUUCGCGAUGGAAGUGGAUGGAAAAAGGUUUGGGCGGACUAUAAGUCCGGAUUAAAGCGAAAACUCGCUCACAACAAACGGGAGCAGAGGGCGACAGGUGGAGGACCCAAUAAAAUUAUCAAUUUGUCCGAGCUGGAGGAGCAGGCAGUUCUACUAACUGGGUUACUUGCGACCGUGGAAGGAAUCCCGGGUACCUCAUCUCAUGGAACACAGUUGGGUUCGCCUUCGGGUGAACCUCAAGCUGCAGACCAGGAAAAUUUUAUAUAUUAUGGUACUUCCGACGAGUGUGACGGUAUCAAUAAUACCAUUCACUUCCAGCCCUCUCAGCCGAAAAAAUCCAGACCUUCUACCACGAGGCUAUUAGAGCUGCAAGUCGAGCAACAAAACAAAUUUCACACCAAUGUGAAAUCCCUGUUAAAAAACACAAACAAGAAUUUGAGUGAUCUGGUUCAUUAUCAGCGCCAAUCAGCUCGAGCGAUUCUUUCCGUGGAUGCCACACUCAAAGAACAUCUGAGUGAACAAAAACGACAUAACCACGAGAUGGAGAAGAUCGCGCUGGAGAAAUCAAUAGCGACAAAUCCUUGAAACGCAGAUUGCGUAUAUUUCAGAACAUUAGAAUAAUGUUUCAAAAUAUCAGUGAUCUGAUUUUUUAUCUUUAUAUUGUAACUCAAGUAUAAAAAAAUGAAAAAAGUUCUAAUCGUAUUUUUAUAUCUUUCCAUGGAAGAAAAAUCUUACUUAAUUUUUUCUUUGAAGUUUGUUUGGAAUAGCAUCAAAAUUAUAUAAACUUUUUUAAAAUUCACGAAUUUCGCCUAUAGUUUAUGGAACUUCCUUAACCCCUUCACGUACAACAUUGAACUUCACUCGUUGUUUCUCGAUGUGAAAUAAUUACAUAGCUUCAGGCAUAUGAUGAGGAUACCGACAACUGAAGAUUAUCAAAUUUCCGUUAUUUAAAAAAAAAAUUGAAUGAGCUAAAAAUAUAAAAUAUAAUUUGAAUAUUAUAAUUAAAAUAAAAACGAACGAGUUAGUACGUAGUAAUAACUCCUUCGUUUUUAUUUUAAACACAACAUGUAUUUGCUCAUCAUAGGGCACCCAUGUUAGAUACCCACACUCAGCAGAGUAGCGGAACGACUCGAAGUGCUCGUUUUGGGCCGUGCUGUUGGAAAUUAAAUCGUACAGCAAGGGGUUAAAACAACGCAAAAAGUAUUAACAAUGGUUAUUUGAAUACUUGGCCUGCUUACGAGAAAUCGAUAAUGACAUGUUCUCAAAGUG